UCGCCAAUUACUGAAAAGGAUAUUUUAGUCCUUUUUUAGAGGCUAAAACAAACAAUAAAUAUUUGACAAUUGUAAAUACAGUAAUAUUGUUUUAGAUCAUUAGCAACUAUUUCAGAUAUACGUUAAAAUGUUUCUCUUAUGAAAUUUAUAUAAUAUUGGUCCAUCGCGCUGGAACUACAUAUUAAAUCCGUGACGUGGAAAAAUCGAUUAUUUAUCAACAGACUUUUUUAAAUAGUUGGAUUUCCAAACAAAAUUCCAAAUUCUAAGGGGCUAUAAUGCAUUCGGUGGGCAUUCAUUCCGCAAUGGCAAUCAAGCGGCAACGCAAACGGCGCGACGAACAGAAGAGAGCAAGGGAAAGACGAUACAGUACACAAAGCUCUGAAAGCGGAGAUACUUUUCACUCUCCAACUGGAUCCGUCAGGCGUAAAUAUCACCACUCUCAUGCGGCUCAGCCCCGACCUAGAAUGAUAGACAGCCAGGUGGUAACUAGUAUCGGAAUGCUUCAUAUUGGCAUUGUUUUCAUCGUUUUCGGAGUUUUCCUUUGCGGAGCUGGUAUAAUUCCAGAUGAAACUAUGUCCUGGAACGUUUUUAGUUCAAGUGCUGUGUGGUGGAAUGAAGUAACAUGCACAGGCCUUUUUUCUCUUGGAUUGGGACUUUUUUUAUUAAUUUUAAACUGUCUUAUAAGCAGAAAAGAGGAAGAAGACCUUGAGGAUUACGUUCAACGUCAGCUUACUCGAUCUCGAUCUGGUCAUCGUCUUGAAAGAGAUGUUGAAACGGGUGUAUUAACUACGCGUCACGCUCGAAAGGCAGUUGCCUUACAAAAAAACUUACGAAGUAAUUCACCCACAGAUGUUUCUGUUGUCGAUUGCUGCUCCACUGAAUCUAUUAAUAGUGCCCCAUUAGUUGGAAGAGCUGGUUUGAAUAGUUCAGGAGACGCGCUACUCGAAAAAAUUGUGGAGGAAGAAACUCCAUACUUAAAUGACCGAAGCGCGGGAAUUUCUCCAAUAGAUAUAGAAAAUGAUACUAAGCUCCUGUUGAGAAGAGAGUCUAUAAAAGAUGGAAUUGACAUAACUCGCAUGUAACAUGUUACAUUACAAUCACAGAUUUACAUAUUUUAAUAAACAAAAAUUGUAUGGUAAAAUUUAAAAUUUAAUUAAAAUAAAGCCUUUAAAUUAAUUAUUUAAAUUAAAAAAAAAAUGCCUAAAUGAAAAUUUGUAUAACCAUUUCUAGUCAUUAAUGAAGCUACUUAUUCAAAUUAUAUAACAUUUUACUAUUAAUAAUAAAAUAAGCAAAUAUUCAGCCAAAUUUGUUAAACCAAAGUAUAUUUAUAAUUUUAAGUUAAAACAACAUUAAAUCUGACAGUAUUUUUUUUUUGUGAUUCUAUAUUUAUCAAAGCUUGCAAAAAAAUCGGUUCUACUUGUGCAUGUGGUCAGGACUGUCUCGCAAAACUAAUAAAAACGGUGAUCUGUUUUCUUUCUCUUUGUUUAACGAGUUCAAAACAAAAAUGCACACAUGUCUAACAUUUUAGGGUAUGCGUAGCAACCCUAUGCGUAUUAUGUAUGGUAUGCGUAUUUCAUUUUUUGUUAAAGUAAAAGUUUGAAUGACGAAUAAAAUAGUGUAAUUUAUUUUAAAUAAAACUUUUUUAGCAGCAGUUCUUAAAAAAAUGGAAA